GGGGGCAUCGAGUGGGAGACCGGAAAACGGCCCCCUCGUGGUCGUCAGAUAAAAACGUCCGAGAUCGAUGGCUUUAAUUGGGGAUUCACCUCUCAGUAACCCCGUGUCUUCUUCAAACCCACACAUGAAACUGAUCUCUCUGCCGUUUCCGACCGCUUCGAUCGCAGGUAGGGAGCAAGCGAGGCAGUCGUAGUCCCCCGCGCGCCGCCACCACCACCGUCUACUACUAGUCUACUAGUAUACUCGUGCCUUGACGACCCCGCCAGGCGUCUUCUCUUCUCUUCUCUCCUAUCCGUCGUCCAUAGCUAGCGAUCGACCGACCCAUCUUCCUCUUCAUCGCGCGCCCGGUGGUGUUGGGCUAGGCUAGCUACUGGUAGCUAGGUGCGGCGUGCAGUAGUGUCUCAGCUCUUGUGCUCCAUGUAUACCACUACUCGUGCCAUGGAGAAAGAAGAGGGGUUCGGGAAGUCAUGGCUUGGCCUGGGGAUCGGCGGCGGUGGCCGCGAUCUGAAUCUGAUGAAGCGGAGCCGACCACUACGACCGGUGCGGCUGGACCUGCUGUUCCCGCCGAGUGUGGAGGGAGGAGAAGCUGCCGCGAGGAGCAGGAAGGCUGGUGCAGGUGCACUGCGGAAUAUGUCGUUGAAGCAGGUCGCAGGCGACGACGAUGGUGGGCAGUCGUCGCACGGUGGUCCGAGCCCCAGCGACGACGACGACGGCGCAGGCGCGCGGAAGAAGCUCCGGCUCACCACGGAGCAGUCCAAGCUGCUCGAGGACACCUUCCGCGCCCACAACAUACUCUCCCACGCUCAGAAGCAUGAGGUGGCGCGGCAGGUGGAUCUAAGCGCCAGGCAGGUGGAAGUGUGGUUCCAGAACAGGAGGGCAAGAACAAAGCUGAAGCAAACGGAGGUGGACUGCGAGACCCUGAGGCGCUGGCGCGAGAGCCUGGCAGACGAGAACCUGCGGCUGAGGCUGGAGCUGGAGCAGCUGCAGCGGUGGGCGACCGCCGCCGCUGGUCAGUCCUCCGCGUCCCCGUCGCCGGCCACGGCCACGGCGAGCGUCUGUCCGUCGUGCGACAAGGUCGUCGUCGUCACCGUGACGAGCUGUGGGGAGACAAGCGGCAAGAGCUCCACCAGCAGCUACUCCUCCAGUCCUCCUCUUGACAUGCUCGAUCGAUCGGUUCAAUGAGCAGUUUGUGGAUUCACUUAUGCAGCUAGCUAGUUAUAUAUAUGUAGGCUAAUAGCGUGCAUGCAUGCCGGCCGGCGGCCGCCAAUAACUUCGUCGGCAUGACGACGACGACGACCCUAUUAUGAUACUAUCAUACUGCAAUAACCAUUCCUUCAAAUCGAGAUCAUCGCUAGUUCAUUCCAGCUGAAACAGAUCUGGAUAUUAAUCGUGGCGUAGACAGUGGGUGGUCCGAAUAGACCAUGCUAAUGCCAUACCCUAAACCGGGCCAUGGAACUACUGGCCAGUCC